UAUUAAAAUUUAUUUUGUAACAAUUCUUUAGAAAUUUUACAUUUUAUAGUAAUGUGGUUAUGAUAACCUGUUGCAAAUGAGAAUGACAAUAAAAUAGAUAUUGUAAUAAUUCAGUUUGCUUUUAGUACUAAAUAUUUUAAUAAAUAUAAUUAGAAUAACAAUUUAUAACAAAUAAAAGGUUAAUAUGUCAGAUUUACCAAUAAUUUCAUUCAAAGGGCGUAUUAACUAUGUCAGUGAUUUUGAUGCCUGUGCUAUGAUUUGUGAUAACAUUAUCAAAGAAUUGGAUAAUUAUGAUAGUGACAUAGUACCAGUAGGAUUCGAUUUAGAAUGGCCUUUUAGUUUUCAAACAGGAAGUGGAAAAACUGCUUUAGUACAGAUAUGUUUGAAUAAAAAUGUAUGUCAUUUGUUACACAUAUAUUCAUUGAAAAAACUACCUGCUGCAUUAGUAAUUCUUUUAACUCAUCCAAAAGUAAAACUAGUUGGAGUUAAUGUUAAAAACGAUAUUUGGAAACUGGGUAGAGACUUUAAGGAAUUCCCAGCGAGUAAAGUUGUAGAAAAUAAUUGUAUAGAUUGUGGUACAUUUGCAAAUGCAGUAUUAAAUCGAUCUUGUCGUUGGAGUUUACAGAAAUUAACUGAAUAUGUGCUAAAGAAAGAGCUAGACAAGAAUCCAAAAGUAAGGAAAAGUAAAUGGCACAUACAUCCUCUAAAUAAAGACCAAAAAAUGUAUGCUGCAACAGAUGCCUAUGUUUCAUGGCUCUUAUACAUUACCAUACAAGAAAAAUUGAAUUUACAAAAAACUGAAGAUAGCAUAAGUUCGAGUUAAUCAAUAUACAAUAAUAUACAAAA